CACUGUCCGAUUCUCAUCACUGCUGAAGAGUCUGACUGAAGUCUGACCUGAUGAUUGAUCGUGCGACAUUGAAAAACCGCUUUGUUCGGUCAGCAAAUUUAAGUUACUUGCUGAUAAUAUUGUUCUUGAGUCUCAAUUUUUCAUUAACAGUCAGCCACAACAAGACAAUGUCUAAAAUUAAGGAAGUACUGAUUGAACCAGACGUUGCUGGUGUGGUGCGGCGUCUCGCAUUGAUCGUCGAGAUAAAUGCAAAUGAGGCCAUUGAAAGAGAAGAUAUUUUUAAGAUUGGCCUGUCGGGUGGCUCAAUGGUCAAGUUACUGACAGAAGGUCUACCUUUGAUUUCAACAAACUGGAGCAAGUGGAGAUUCUUUUUCUGUGAUGAAAGGAUUGUUUCCUUUGAGGAUAUUGAAUCAACAUAUGGUCAGUACAAAGCUAGCUUAAUUGGAAAAAUUCCUGUCACUGAUGAUCAAUUCAUAAAGAUUGAUCCUAAUCUUUCAGCUGAAGAAGCAGCAAGUGACUACAUAAAGAAAAUGUCAGUGUAUUUUCGACCUCAUAGUGUCCCAAGGUUUGAUGUUUUGCUUCUCGGAAUGGGACCUGAUGGACAUACUUGUUCAUUGUUUCCCAACCACCGACUUCUGGAUGAAACUAGUUUUUGGGUGUGUUCAAUUAAUGACUCACCCAAACCUCCAUCAUCAAGAAUCACAUUGACUUUUCCAGUGAUUAACAAUGCACGAGUGUGCAUAUUUGCAGCGACUGGAUCCAGUAAAAAAGAAAUGGUCAAACGUGUCGUGGAUGGUGAAGAAAAUUUACCAGCAGCUAAGGUAAUGCCCCUUCAUGGCAAACUGUAUUGGAUUCUAGAUAAAGAUGCUGCAGAAGAUUUAUAGUUUAUUUUAUCCAUAAUUACAACUUUGCGUGAUACUACAUUCCACUUUAUAACUUAUUCAAUUACACUUAUCGGACAACUAAUUUUGUAUAUCUAUGUGAGACGAUUUUUGUAUAAUAUAGCAAUAAUAUAGAUAUUUUUUGUAUAAUAUAUAUAUAGCAAUGGAAAAUGAAAAUAGAUAGGCAAUUAAUAUAUUUAAUAGUGUUAAAGCAUAACCAUCUACUAAAAGAAAUUAAUAAGUACAGUUGUUGACAGCUGUGCAUUGUAUAAUUUGUUUUAUGGCCUAUAUGUUGUUUUUUUAAGUACUUAAAAAUUCAUUUUUUAGUGAAAAAUUUUAUUUUUUAUUUCAACUUGUGUAAUAACUGAUCUGAAGACUGCACUUGAACCUCUGAAAGCUUUAAGAUUAUAUUUAUAAUAAAAUUUUACAAAAUAUUUAUUGUUUGUUAUGAGUUUAGUUAGAUCAGUUACUAUUAAGGUUAAAUUACAAAAAAAAUUUCUGUAUGCAUUUAAUUACCGUUUGUAAAUACACAUGGGAAAGAACGAUAAAAAUAUAAUGCAUUUAUUUAUGUCCGCAUUCACCUAUACGUUUAUAUACCUCAAUUCUACUUUAUUUAUAAUUAAAUUAAAUUCAUGGGAGGUAAGGUAAGGUUUAUAAAUGAAUGGUAGAUAAAAUUUAAAACAGAUUUUAGUGGAGGAGUCAAUAAGUUACAUUUAUUUAUAGAAAAAAACUAUCAAUAUAUAUUCAGACACAGAGCCAUAAAAAAGAACUAGAAAAAGUCAUCGUCUCGCUUUCGCUAUGAAUCAUUUAGUCAUGUAUAAUAACUUCUCGGUUCUGUAAAGCUAAAACUGCCUUCAUCACAUGUAUAUUGAAUCAUUGAUCAUUGUUAUUUUGAUUUCAAAUACUCUUGUGAUUGAAGUUUUCUUUUGUUAUAAACACAUAAUUAAUCCAAAAUGUAUAAUAAUAAGUCGCUUUUCAAUUAUACGUAUAUCAUAAAAAUAAGAUUUUUCUCAAACACCUCGUACAAUAAUUUCUCGCAGCCUUUUAUUAUUUUUUAUUCCAUAGCGAAGAUGAACAUUUUUUUACUUUUUUCUUGUAAAAUUUCAAGAAUUAAUUAUUUCAUGUUUCAACAAGAUUUUCGAUAGGCUAAGCAAGCUGAAUUCAGAAACGCUUUUAUUUCGCAUAAAUAUCUUUCUAACUACAAUGUACAAGAAGUUGGUUUCACAAGAUGUUUUAUUUCUCUCAUUUCAUUUUCUUCUUUUAACUAAGGAAUGAAUGGCGUUGCAUUGACAAAUGGAUUAAACGCGAUCAGGUAUCAAGAAAUUGAAUGACAAGCAAAUAAAUUUAAAUCUUUACUUGCUUUGAACUGUAUCAAGGCAAAAGAACUAUUUUUGUAUAUUCUAUUUGUUCCGCAUACGAUUCCAAAAAAGAUGCCUUGUUAGUUUUACAUCACGAUUACUUAAUGUAGAGAAAUAGAGAGACAUCGAUUGUUGAAUUGCACACCAAUUAUUUUCACGUUUACGCCUUAUAAUCAUACUUAUCACAGUGUAAGUAUAACUCGAUCGCACUACUUUAAUAACGUCAUCGACCGCCGAGAAAUAAAAAUCAGUCGAUCCCUUCCAAACCUGCUGUACGGGAUUCACUUUAAACUAGAUUCGCUCCGAACUCUCUUUUCCUAAUUUUUUUUACUUUCCACUGGAAUAGCUAGAGCGUACUAAAGUGUGUCGAGUUUUCGUAGCUUGCAUUCAUUAAAA